CGUCCUCUUCUUUCGUUUCCUCCCUCUCUUUCUUCGCCUCUUGUACUCCUCAGUCCUUACAGCCGCCGCCUCUCAAUCUCUCGUCCCUUCUCAUCACUCCCCUUUAAACUCCAUUGAAGAUUGUUGCCCAAGCUUCCACAAAAAUCUCUCAAGGUAAGCAACUCCGCCAAUGAAGAGUAAAAAGGGAAGUAAGAAGCGUGCAGCAGCACCGGAUCCAGAUCUUCCAACUGUUAAAGACAUCGUUGAACUUGGUAAUGGAGAGGCUGCAGACGGAGUCCUUGUUGAGGAUGAUUUGAAUGAACCAACCAUGGGAGAAAAACUUGAAAGUUUAAAUUUAUUAGAUAAUGAUGGACCAAAGAGCCAAGAUAAAGAAGACUCUUCUCUCAAUGCAAAGCCUCCAAGUGCAGACUCUGUUCAUAUUUUACUUAAACAAGCACUACAUGCCGAAGACCGUGCCCUUCUAUUAGAUUGCUUAUACACCCAAGAUGAGAAGGUCAUUGCAAAGUCUAUCUCACUAUUGAAUCCAUCUGGUGUUUUGAAGCUCUUACAAUCUCUCAUUUCUAUUAUUCAGUCGAGGGGUGCAAUUUUGGCAUGUGCACUUCCAUGGUUGAGAAGUCUACUUCUUCAACAUGCAAGUGGUAUAGUGUCCCAAGAAUCUUCUUUAAGUGCCUUGAACUCCUUGUAUCAGCUCAUUGAGUCCAGAGUUUCCACUUUUCAGUCAUCUCUUCAACUAUCAAGUGUCUUAGACUUACUUUAUACAGGGGUACUUGAUGAUGUGGAUGAGACUGGCACCACAAUUCCUGUUGUUUAUGAGGACAAUGAUGACAGUGAUGAAGAGGAAUCUGAGGAUGCCAUGGACACCGAUCAAGACGAUGAAGAUGAAGAGGAGUCAGAUGCAGCACUUGAUGGUGUUAGUGAUUUUGAAGGAAUUGAGGACAUAAGUGAUUGAUGCAAAAUUUGAGAUUCCUUCUGAUUGUAUUCAGAUGGGGCUGAUAAUGUUCCCAAUUUAUUAGUAAUUGUACCAAUCACAUGAGCAUUCAAUAUGAAAGAAAUUUUGUUGCAUGCUUGUCUAUCCUUCAAGUUGAAAAACCUUGGAAACUUGUGAUGGAGAUGAAGAAAUUUAUUAGGCAUAUGGAGAGGAGGGAGAGACAGUGGUGAGUCACGUGUGAUCAGUUUUACUUUCUCCACCGUCACUGAAAGUUUCCGAGGUUUUCGGUUGAUAAUGUAUUAGAAGGGACUCUUGAGUCCAAUAUAUUUAAAUAGCAGCUAUACUUUUGAAAUA